AAGAUCUGUACCAUUCAGCACAAAGAAUGCUUUUUCAAACCUUUCUCCAGUUUGUCAGCAACUUUUCUACCAUUGCAGUAGGUUUCCUCACUGUGGUGAUGCACCGGCUCCCAGUCCUGAAGAAAUAUGUGGGAAAUAGGAGUCCUCAUCGGAAAGCAGCUGUCUUGGGGCAGCGACAGAACCUGCCCUGCAUUGAGCCACUGCUGAGCACCGUGGAGGAGACACCCCUGGAGGUCUCUGCUCAAGUCCGAGGACAGUUCCCUAAGUGGCUCAGUGGCUAUCUACUUCGGAUUGGACCUGGGAAAUUCGAAUUUGGAAAAGACCAGUAUAACCACUGGUUUGAUGGAAUGGCUUUGCUUCACCAGUUCAGGAUGGAGAAGGGUACAGUGACAUAUAGGAGCAAGUUUCUACAGAGUGAUGCCUAUAGGGCCAACAGUGCUCAAAAUCGAAUUAUGGUCUCAGAAUUUGGCACGUUGGCUCUGCCUGAUCCGUGCAAGAAUGUUUUUGAGCGUUUCAUGUCGAAGUUUGAGCUGCCAGGUAGGCAUCCUUUAACAGUCCCAGAAUUUGCCAUCACAACUGACAACACCAAUGUCAACUAUGUGCAGUAUAAGGGUGAUUACUACGUUAGUACUGAGACCAACUUUAUGAAUAAAGUGGACAUUGAAACUCUGGAGAGAACAGAAAAGGUAGAUUGGAGCAAAUUUAUUGCUGUGAAUGGAGCAACUGCACAUCCUCAUUAUGACUCAGAUGGAACAGCCUACAAUAUGGGAAAUUCUUAUGGGCCACAAGGUUCCUGCUAUAAUGUUAUUCGGGUUCCUCCAGCGAAGGUUGACCUUGGGGAGACGAUCCAUGGAGCUAAAGUGAUAUGUUCUAUUGCUUCCACGGAGGCAAUGAAGCCUUCUUAUUACCAUAGCUUUGGAAUGACAAGUAACUACAUAAUCUUCAUCGAACAACCUCUGAAGAUGAAUCUGUGGAAAAUUGUCACUGCUAAAAUUCGGGGAAAGGCCAUUUCAGAUGGAAUAAGCUGGGAACCCCAGUAUAAUACACGGUUUCAUGUGGUGGAUAAAAGCACUGGACAGCUUCUCCCAGGGAGGUACUACAGUCAGCCUUUUGUCACGUUUCAUCAAAUCAACGCCUUUGAGGACCAGGGCUGUGUUGUGAUUGAUAUGUGCUGUCAAGAUGAUGGAAGGAGCCUAGAUGUUUACCGACUGCAGAAUCUCAGGAAGGCUGGAGAAGGCCUUGACCAGGUCUAUAAUUCAACAGCCAGAGCUUUUCCUAGAAGGUUUGUUUUGCCCUUAAACAUUGGUGUGGAUGCUCCCGAAGGUGAGAACCUCAGUCCAUUGUCCUAUUCUUCAGCCAGAGCUGUGAAACAGGCCGAUGGAAAGAUUUGGUGCUCUCAUGAAAAUCUGCAUCACAAGGACCUAGAGGAGGAAGGAGGCAUUGAAUUUCCCCAGAUCAACUAUGGAAAAUUCAGCGGCAAAAAGUAUCAGUUCUUCUAUGGCUGUGGCUUCCGGCAUUUGGUGGGGGAUUCUCUGAUCAAGGUUGAUGUGGUGAACAAGACACUGAAGGUUUGGAGAAAGGAUGGCUUUUAUCCCUCAGAACCAGUUUUUGUGUCAGUACCAGGAGCUAAUGAAGAAGAUGAUGGGGUGGUUCUUUCUGUGGUGAUCACUCCCAACCAGAAGGAAAGCAACUUCCUCCUUGUCUUGGAUGCCAAGAACUUUGAAGAACUGGGCCGAGCAGAGGUACCUGUGCAAAUGCCCUAUGGAUUCCAUGGCACCUUCGUCCCCAUCUGAGGAAACAACUUCAGGAGCCAGAUUUAAAAUGAGUGCACAUUGUACAAAGGAGAGGAAAAAAGACACUCUAAUAUCCCAAACCAUUUGGCUUUCUCAUUACUAUUAAAAACAGAAUUU